AUGUCUCAAAUCGACGAGAAAGCCGAUAUCAUUCAGAAUGAAGCGCCCAUCCUCGAGGGAGGCGCGCAGACGGAGCUCAAUCAUGAGGGAGUCCGCAAGUCUGCUUUCGACAACCUUGGCGUCUGGGAGACUGCGAAGACGUUCAGACGAGCAGUAUUCUUCUGUGUCGCUUGCUACACCAUGAGUAUGCUCGAUGGAUGGUCAGUCUCUGUCGCUGGAUCGAUUGUCGUCAACAAGGGAUUCGUAAACCAAUUUGGUACUAGGGCAGGCCAGACGGGAGUUCAGCAGCUGUCGCCGACGUGGCUCUCCGCUUGGCAGUGUAUGUAUAACUGUGGUCAAUUCCUGUGUCUUCCCACCAUUCCCUACAUCGCCAACCGUUACGGUCGAGUCUUUGUCUUCUGGAUGUCUUUGCUUUCCUUCUUGAUCGGCAUGGUCUGUCUGACAAUUGCGAGAACUCCUGCUGUCUGGACUGUCGGUCAAUUCUUCUGUGGACUCUCAGGCGCCAUGGAACAGCUCUCAGUCACUCCCUACGCAGUGGAAAUUGCCCCUACAAGAAUUCGAGGUGGUUUGGUCACAUUCCAGGCGGUCUGGUCAUCCAUCUUCCAGAUCAUCCUCGCCUUCAUGCUCGAAAUCAUGAACCGAAAGUACCCUUACGACUGGUUAAAGCCUCUCUACGUCGUCUGGCCCCUUGCUGGAAUCAUCUUUGUCGCUAUCAUCUUGCUCCCUGAAAGCCCCUGGUUCUACGCAAGACGAGGAAACAAGGAGAAGGCCAUCAAGUCUCUUAAUAGACUCUACAAGGGUGUUCCGGGCUAUGACGUCGAGGAGGAAUACGCCGUCAUCCUGCGAACGCUCUCACACGAACAGCAGAUGCUUGACCUCCAAGGCGGAGGAGAGAGCUGGUUGGAUCUUUUCAGACGCGGCAAUCUGAAGCGAACUGUCAUUGUCAUGGCUUUCGAGGCUGGUAUCUUGCUCGGAGGACUAUCCAUGGUCGGAAACUUCAAGACUUACUUCUUUGCCAUUGCCGGAGGAAUCAACCCUUUCUUGGCCAACUUGAUCACCUCCAUCGUCAACCUCUUCAUCGUCGCGGUCUACAGCGCCAUUGCCGACAAGAUUGGCCGUCGAACCCCUGUCCUCGUCUGUUUCAUCGUUGUCUGCGUCACCCUCUGGAUUAUGGGAGGUCUUUACUACGUUUCGGCUGGCAAGGUCGUCGGAGGAGUGCUUGUCACCUGCGCUUGUCUCUGGAGUGGUGCAGAGACCAUUACUCAAAAUGUGUACUGGCUCAUGGCUGCUGAACUUCCCUCCGCUCAGCUUCGACUCAAGACUUGCUCUGCUGGUCUCUUCUGGGGAGCUGCUCUUGGAAUGUCCACUGUCUUUGCCGUCCCGCCUUCUCUUGACGCCCUCGGUCUCCGCUCUUCCUUCAUUUGGGCGGCUUUGACCGUCCCAGUCUGCGUCUUCCUGUACUUCUACCUGCCAGAGACCAAGGGACGAUGCUCUGCCGAGAUUGAUGAAUUGUUCGAGCGUGGUGUACCAGCCUGGAAGUGGUCUACUACCGUCACAUCUGUUGAGGACCAGCUCAGAGAGGCUCAACUCUCGGGACAGAUCGCGAACAAGGAGAAUUUCGCUUAA